CAGUGUAUGAUUGUUAGAUUCUUUGUGUUCUGUUCUGCAAAGUGCUUCCUUUCUUUUACCUUGCUAUUUCAUGAUAAUGGCACGUGAAAAUGAUGAAUUUCUAUCCUGAUUUUACAAUAUUUACCAAUGCAUGUUUAAGUAUGUCUGUGUGCUUAAUAACUUCAGCAUGUGCAUGCUUUGUUUUACAGUCCCAGGUGAACAACAAUACUGACUCUGCCCCAAAUGGUCACAUGACUUUGACUGACACCUCUAAAUCAUCCAAUGAGGCUUUAGAAUUCCUUGGACCAGAAAUGGCCGACCUUCAGAACCUACUAACUUCUAUCAUGGCAGGACUGGGUUCUACAUCAGAUAGCGUUGAUUCGGAUAAUUCACUACAUUUAGACGGAACUCCCGCGCUCUCAGCUGACGUGCUUAACUCCCCUGUUCAUAGAUUUGCUGCCGACGGAAAUUUCACCUCAUUACAGAAACUCAUUAUUGACUCUCAGGCUGAUGUUAACCUCCCGAUAAAAGACGGAUCCACCCCACUCAUUUUAGCUGCUAAGUAUGGUCACGAAGAUUGUGUGAGACUGCUGUUAGAUAAUGGAGCCAGUGUGUCGACAUACAGUGAUAGUAACUACACGGCGACACACGCCGCCUCAGCCAACGGACAUGACAGUUGUUUAAAGCUGUUGUUGGAGAGAGGAGGGAACCCUAACACGGGAGAUUGGCAGAAUUGGACCCCCCUACCCGGCCGCCACCCACGGGAACCACUGCU